CAGAGCUCGAGUGUCAAUAUAUUGGCUCCAUCUUCAUCGGGGAUUUUAAGCACGAACCAUUUCGCGAUACCCUUCUUCAAAUUCCAAAACUCAGAAGCACCUUCCUUAUAUAUACACCUGAACAUCUCAUCACUUUGGUUCGAGACCAAGAUACAUAAGUGCACGACUGGGGAAAGUACUUGGGGUACACUUAUAUUUGUGGACCAUAAUCUUCUACAUCUUACCACAUCUUUCGAUCUUCCAAUAUAUCUACCAUCUCUUAUACAACAAAAGUAGCCUUAUCCAAUACCAAAGCCAAUAUGAAGGAAGAUAGAUCUUCACCCUCCGUUGUCACCAAGCCGGAAUUCAAGACAAUGAAUGGAGUAACUAAAGCUCAAUCUACCAAGAGCAGAAGAAGCGUAGCAAACAUGAACGAAACUGCUCUAGCAAAAAAGAGAGAAAAUGACCGCAACGCCCAAAGAAAUAUCAGAGAAAAGGCAAGGAAGGAAAAGACCGAAAUGGAACAGAAAAUCCAAAAGCUAGAGAGCCAGCAAAGACGUUUCGAUGAGUUGAUAAAACGAAACGAGGAGCUGAGAGCGUUAUUGUUGAAGCAUGAUAUCGAUCCUGAUACGGAAGAAGUACUCUCACCUCGCCAAACACAACCCCUAGAGAACAUCGCACCAGAGAAGCGAAGUAUGUUGGAAGGAAUGGAAAUGGAUCGCUCUACAACCGGAUACCAAUUCCCCAUCGUUUCUCAGCCAAGUUUACAACAAGCACCUGGACUUCUACCUAUAUACAACCCAAUGGAAUCAAAUCAACUUAUAGAUUCCCCUGAGCUCACAGGGUCUCCUGCAUCAUUAUAUUCACAUCAUUCGGCAUCUCGAACCGGAUCACCACAAAACACAGGAGCCGUCUCUCCUCCAUAUCCAAGUCAUCAAUCAAUGACUCCUAUUCAACAUAUGUCUCAACCCAUGUAUCCUCUUUCGAUGCCCAUUCAGUCCAUGGGAUCUAUUCCACAAAUGUCGCCACCUCAUGAUAUAUCACUUCAGCAAAAUUCUGGAUUCCAAAACACCUAUACACAAGACUGGACGUUUCCCGGGUCAGCUGGUCCAAUCUGGGACCAAACCGUCGCAUUCAGACCUAUGUCGACUUACGCUGUACCUAUGACUAUGGAAAAAAAAGAUUCAUCGACGGUACAGAAUGCACACUCUCAGGAAACACACAGUGAAGGAAGGCGUUAG